AUGCUUCGCGUCAGGUCAUCACCACCACCAUCAACGAACACACACGUCAGAGCAACCGUGAUCGAAGGGAUAGAGAAGUGCCCGAUGCCAGUCAAGGUAUCCACCGAGCUAUUGUCUACGAGCAAAUUGGCCAUCAUUGAUUACGAGGGCGGAGCCCGAAUUCCAGUAAUUCAGCACAGUAGUCAAUGGAUCGCGAUUGUCAUAGAAAGGUGGUGCUCGCGUAAGCAUUCUCACCACGAUCGAGAGUUUCUGGACGCGACACCUCCUUCAUCCGGUGGAGACCUCUCCAGUCUGGUCAUCCCGCAAUCAGGGCGAGAGCAUGAACGGGAGCGGCACUCUGUGCUGGAUGCAGAGGCGAAUCACAGGCCCUGUGCAUGA